AAAUUCACAUUACUUACAAACACUCUCUCCUUCGCUUACUAAAAACUAAAAUAAACAGGAUUCUUCUCUCUCUCCCUCUCAAUUUCCCCUCUCCAAACAAAAAACCCGCGAAUACCACAAAAUCACAUGCCAAUCUCUUCAAUUUCCAUGUUUCUCCACCGAGCGACGCCGUUGCUCCCUCUCUACAACACCUCCCUCCGCCGUGCCUCCCCCUUCCGCCUCUUCUCCGUCGCCGUCGCCGUCGCCGUCGCCGCUCGACAACCAAACCCUAACAAUGUCUGGAAAAAGCCCCAACAACCGCUCAAGAACCUACUUAAGGCACGAGACAACGCCAAGCACUUCUCUUCUCUUUCCCAAUUCCUCUGCCCCGAAGACGAGACUCAGCUCUCUCAAAACCAAGCCAUCGGCAUGGUCGCUUCAGCUCAAGCUAAUUUCAUGCGCGUAGUGGUCGAAUCAGUGUCUCCAGAAUCAUCUACGAGCGAUUCGAGUUCGUCGGAAUCUUCUGGCCAAGAAGGGCAGAGAAUUGGCGUGGAAUUGCUGUGUGUGGUGAGGGCAGUCUUGAAGAAGAUAAAGAGGAGGGUUUUGGUUGGUGACAAGGUGGUGGUUGGGUCCAUUGAUUGGGUGGACCGGAGGGGCAUGAUCGAGAAUGUAUUUCAGAGAACGACAGAGAUUCUUGAACCGCCGGUGGCAAAUGUUGAUCACUUGCUGGUUUUGUUCUCGAUGGAGCAGCCGAAGUUGGAGCCCUUCGCGCUUACAAGGUUUUUGGUGGAGGCAGAGUCCACAGGGAUACCGAUCACUCUCGUAUUGAAUAAGUCCGAACUUGUUGAUGAAGAGACGCUUAUUUCAUGGAAAUCUAGACUUCGUAGGUGGGGCUAUGAACCAAUUUUCUGCAGUGUUGAAUCCAAACAUGGACUAGAUACUCUUGAGUUCAUUUUGAGAGAACAGAAUUCUGUGAUAGUGGGCCCAAGUGGUGUUGGUAAGUCGAGUCUGAUCAAUGCUUUGAGAAGCAAUCAAUCUAUUGUUGGUACUGCAGAAGGGGAUAAUUGGUUUGAUCAUAUGUUAGGCAACAAGUGGUUUGAGGAUCAGCGUGUUGGAGAAGUGUCAACGAGAAGUGGUAGAGGGAAGCAUACGACUCGAAAUGUUUCGCUACUUCCAUUAUCUGGAGGAGGAUAUCUUGCUGAUACUCCCGGGUUUAACCAACCUAGUUUGAUGAAAGUAACAAAGCAAUCUCUUGCACAACAUUUCCCAGAGAUCCAAAAAAUGCUUGAAGCUAGUGAAACUACAAAAUGUUCUUUCAAUAAUUGCUUGCAUCUUGGUGAACCGGGGUGUGUUGUGAAAGGGGAUUGGGAAAGGUAUCCAUACUAUUUCCAAUUGUUUGAUGAGAUCAAAAUCAGAGAGGAAUUUCAGUUGAGGACACUUGGAACCAAAAGAGAAAGUGAUGUAAGGUAUAAGGCGGGAGAUAUGGGCGUCAAGCAAGCUGAACCAAGGUUAGAGACUAAGAAGCAUCGGAGACAAUCUCGUAAGAAAACCAACCAGUCAAUAAUGAAUGAUCUGGAUGAACUUGAUGAUGAAGACAACUUAUUUGAUGAUGAAAAUCCCAUUUUAAGAGCAAUGAGGCAUGAGAAUCAAUCUUAAGCAUGCUGCCUCGUAUCAGAAAUUGGAAAUAGCACGUUACUUGACCGACCUUUUGUCAAUGAGGUUAAAUGAGUUCACUGGUAAAGAUUACAGUGUGAAAUGAACGAAAUUUUUUGCGCUGAGACAAUCACACUAUGAUGUUACCAAAAAGUCCUUGGAAUGUAAUGGUCAUUUUGGACGUACUGAAUUCAUAUCAUGUCAUUGUGGUUUAGGUGACGUGUGAAAAGAAUUCUGAACGAAAUAAAAUCUUUUGUUAAUACUUAAA